ACCAGCCCGCCCCGCUCGGCGGGGUCCGGCCGCGUUGUUCCGCUCCCGAGUGCGGCCGUUUGGCUGGGGCAGCUGCGGGCCGGGGGCCGUCGGACCCGUCGCUGGGCAGCCCCGCUGGUUACGGGGGAGCCGCCGCGGGCCAGGGGCAGCUCCGAGCGUUAGCUAGCGAAGCCGUGCCGUGAGACCGCGUCAUGGGGCUGCUGGGCAGGCUGGCGGCGUUGACAGUGCGUGGCGGCGCUGCCCAGCUGUGGCUGGGGCGGCCCUGCGCGGGGAGCCGGCCAACGGCCCGCGCCGCCGCCUCUUCCCUGGCGCUGGGCGAAUACGGAGAAUUGUUCAGGUCCUCGGUGGAGGAGCCCGAGAAAGUCUGGGGAGCUGCCGCCGAGCUGAUCCAGUGGUCCAAGCCCUGGGCCAGGGCCCUGGAGAGGCGCGGCCCGGGGAGCGACUCCUGGUUUGUUGGUGGAGAGCUGAAUAUCUGUUACAAUGCUGUUGAUCGUCACGUUGAGAAUGGACGAGGCGACCACGUUGCCAUUAUUUAUGACAGUCCUGUAACAAAUACCAAAGAGAAAAUAACUUAUAAGGAACUCCUUGAACAGGUGUCCAAGUUAGCCGAUGUCAUGGUCAGACAUGGUGUGAAGAAAGGAGAUCGAGUGGUCAUCUACAUGCCCAUGAUUCCACAGACAGUGUGCUGCAUGCUGGCCUGUGCAAGAAUAGGAGCCAUCCAUAGCCUGAUUUUUGGUGGUUUUGCAUCAAAAGAGCUCUCUGUUCGCAUUGAUCAUGCAAAGCCCAGACUUAUCGUAACAGCAAGUUUUGGAGUAGAACCAAAAAGGAAAGUGGAAUAUAUAUCACUCCUAGAAGGAGCACUGGCAAUGGUACGGAACAAACCUGAGAAAGUUCUCAUUUACACGCGACCAAACCUGGGCCAUGUUCCUCUUACCCCAGGUCGUGAUCUUGACUGGGAAGAAGAGCUUGCAAAAGCACAGUGUUAUAAAUGUGUUUCUGUUCCAUCAGACCAUCCUCUUUAUAUUCUGUAUACGUCUGGAACAACAGGCUUGCCCAAGGGUGUUAUCAGACCAACAGGUGGCUAUGCAGUUAUGCUGAACUGGACAAUGUCAGCUGUAUAUGGACUCAAACCUGGUGAGGUGUGGUGGGCAGCUUCUGAUUUAGGCUGGGUAGUUGGUCAUUCUUACAUUUGCUAUGGGCCUCUUCUUCAUGGGAAUCCUACAAUUUUGUAUGAGGGGAAGCCUGUGGGAACGCCAGAUGCUGGUGCCUAUUUCCGCGUGCUAGCAGAGCAUGAAGUAGCUGCCUUCUUUACUUCACCAACUGCAAUUAGAGCAAUCCGUCAGCAGGACCCCGAGGCAGCCCUGGGAAAGCAGUACUCUCUAAAAAGGUUCAGGAUGUUGUUUGUAGCUGGUGAGCACUGUGAUGUGGGCACGCUAGAAUGGUCAAGAAAAGUCUUCAAGGUACCUGUCUUGGACCACUGGUGGCAAACUGAAUCUGGUUCUCCAAUAACUGCUUCUUGUGUUGGAUUGGGGAACUCUACAACACCUCCACCUGGGCAGGCAGGGAAACCAGUGCCAGGAUACAAUGUGAUGAUUCUGGAUGACAAUAAGGAACCAGUGAAGGCGAAGACUUUAGGAAAUAUUGUGGUAAAGUUACCUUUGCCUCCUGGAGCAUUCUCGGGACUUUGGGAAAAUCAGGAAGCAUUCCACCAGCUGUAUUUCCAGAAAUUUCCAGGAUAUUAUGAUACUAUGGAUGCAGGCUAUAUGGAUGAAGAUGGCUAUUUGUAUGUCCUGUCUCGAGCUGAUGAUGUGAUCAAUGUUGCAGGACACAGAAUUUCAGCAGGUGCAAUUGAAGAGUGUGUUCUCCGCCAUCAUGCUGUAGCAGACUGUGCUGUUGUAGGCCAGGAGGAUGCCUUAAAAGGGCACGUUCCCUUUGCGCUGUGCGUGCUGAGAGAUGAUAUAAAGACAGAAGAGAAGAAGAUUUUGGAAGAUAUUGUUGAGCAAGUUCGAAAUAACAUUGGUCCAGUGGCAGCUUUCCAGAAGGGAGUGUUUGUGAAACAGCUACCAAAAACACGUUCUGGCAAGAUACCACGUUCAGCUCUUUCUGCACUGGUCAGUGGAAAGCCAUAUAAAAUAACACCAACCAUCGAAGAUGCUAGCGUGUUUAAACACAUAGAAGAAGUGCUGAAGAAGAAUUGAAUGGGAUAAUGGGCUAGUAAAAGCAUCUGUUACUGAAAUAUGCAAAGACUUUCUAUUGGGAAAUACAUAUUUUAAAAACUAAUAAUGAUAAUGAUUGGAACUUGCUGCUUUUUUUAACUGUAGAAAUGAUACUGUGUUCUUUUACCAUAUUGUCAUAACCAGUGAAGCAUGCUGAAGUCUCUGCGUGUUGCCACUGUGUGCUGGAUAUAAAGAUUGCUAAGAAUUUUAAAUAGAAUUCAUACAUUUCUCUAGCCUUCAAGGGAGUCACUGUGAUAGAAUCGUGGAAUCACGGAACAGCCCAGGUUGGAAGGGACUUUGAAAGAUCACCACAUCCAACCUUUCAUAGGAAAAGGGUACCUAGAAGAGAUUAUCUAGCACUCUGCUCAGUUGCAUCUUGACAGCCUCCAGCAAUGCAGAUUCUGCAAUAUCCGUUAUUGCAUAAUGAUACCAAAAACUUGAGUUUGACAAAACAUCUUUCAGGUAAGACGCAAACUGAAGAGAGCAGUAAGUAGAAAUCCUAAUGUGAAAGUCAUUGCAGACAUAAUUUGUCUUCACUUAAAAAUUAUAAGCCUUUUACAUUUUUAUGAGCUUUAAUUUUUUUAAAAUUAGUUUUAUGGAUUCUACCAUUUUUUUUUCUAAGACUUCCUGUUAUAAAUUAGAUUCUUCUAAAUGCUUUGUUCAAUGAUUUUUUGAAGUGUCUUUUUUUUUUUUUUUUUAGAGUAAUAGGUGAUUUCUGACUUUCAAGUCUGUUGAAUUAAAUCUUGAUUUUAUCCACGGUAGUGUUGAAUGGAAAACAUGUAUUUUAAAUAAAUGCAGGCAUUUACAUUUUGGAUUUUUUUUUA